GACUUGGUCAAGCUUAGUGUGUUCGACAACCUCGCGACAACGCCCAAUUUGCAGCCAUGGCCCCCGUCCCUCGCGUCUACUCCAAGACCUACAAGGUCCCCCGUCGUCCUUUCGAGUCGGCUCGUCUUGACUCGGAAUUGAAGAUUGUCGGCGAGUACGGCCUGCGCAACAAGCGUGAGGUGUGGCGUGUCCAGCUCACUCUGUCCAAGAUCCGUCGUGCUGCUCGUGAGCUGCUCACCCUCGACGAGAAGGACCCCAAGCGUCUUUUCGAAGGUAACGCUUUGAUUCGCCGUCUGGUCCGUAUCGGUGUGCUCGAUGAGUCCCGCAUGAAGCUCGAUUACGUCCUGGCCCUCCGUGUCGAGGACUUCUUGGAGCGUCGUCUGCAGACCUGUGUCUACAAGCUCGGCCUUGCCAAGUCCAUCCACCACGCCCGUGUCCUGAUCAAGCAGCGUCACAUCCGUGUUGGCAAGCAGAUCGUCAACGUGCCUUCCUACAUGGUCCGCCUGGACUCCCAGAAGCACAUCGACUUCGCUCUUACCUCCCCCUACGGCGGUGGCCGCCCUGGACGUGUCCAGCGCAAGAAGGCUGCUGCUGCUGCCGGUGGCGGUGACGGUGACGAGGAGGAGGAGGAAGAGUAAAUUCUUUAAAUAUGGAGUAAGGACGGGUUUCGCUAUGGAACACAAAAUUUUGGGGGCUUCCUUGUGACUGCAGCAUAGCGUAUCAUGUUGUACGAUCAUGCCAUUCAAUGAAUCAAAAAUUGGCCUUACGGCUGCAUUCCGAAACCCGAAC